AUGGUGAAGCGAAAGAGACCAGGAAACUCGACUUCUGAGUCGGACGAAUCCGGUUCUGCUGCUUCUGGUUCAGAUUACGAAUCCAGCUCCUCGUCCUAUGAUGGAGAAUCCGGCUCUUCCUACUCCAAUGGUGGGUCACGCUCAGAAUCCAGCGAUGGCGGGUCAGAGUCCAGCGAGCCAAGGAUUGCAAGUUUUUCCAUGAACCAGAUCUUGUUCGGCGAGGAAGACUCUGGCUCCGAGGAUGCUUACCAGUGCAAUGGUAAGUCGGAGAAGCGUGUUCGGAGGGCUUUGCAGUCUCGGUGCUGCCGCCGGCAGUGCAAGCGCAGGCUUGGGUUCAGAUCGAUCAUGGCCUUGGUGUCUGCGUUCUGGUCGCUGACGAAGUCUGGGCAGGACUCGCUGCUUUGGAGCCUUCAACAUCCAAUUUGGACACCUCCGGAUGAAUCUGAGGAAGAUGAGAGCUUCAGUGGCAGUGGCAGUGAUGGUAGCUCUGCGAGUGCAUCAUCAAAGUCCGUCAGAAAAGUGGCUUGGUACCUUGAAGGUGGGGUGGUUGUCAAGCAGUGA